GUCGGGGUGUAUUUACCAUUCCCUCACACGGUGGACGCGCAAGGCUGUGGACGCGCACGAACCGUAGCCGCCUUCCCCAAGUUGUGUCCCGCUCGCUUGGUGCGCGCUUCGCUCCAGCAGUCAGUCCGAGGCGCAGAGCUCCCUGCGAGUCAAGUGUGUGCAAGACCUCCCGUCGCUUUCUUUCCUUUAACUUCACCGCAAAAGACUCACAAGCUUUUCCUGUAUAGGCUCAGCAUGGGAAUCAGGUCCAGCAAGAGGCAGGGGGCCCCAGCCAGCAGCGCAGAAACUGCUGCCACUGAACAGAAGGCUGCAGAGGAGCCAGCAGCUAUGCCAGCAGCACCAGUGAUCCCACAGAAUCAGGAGGCUGUUGAGGCAGAAAAACCGGCUGUAGUGGCGUCUGAACCAGCGGAAGAACCUAUAGCAGAGAUCAAGGCAGAACCUGAGCCAGAGGCUCCUGCAGCCCCAGCCCCACUCAAAGAUAAUGCACCAGAGCCUGUGGCAGAGGAAACCCCAGCCCCACCUGAGCCAGUCUCAGCAAUUGAACCCCCAGCCCCAGAACCUGUCGCUGAGCCGCAACCUGUCGCUGAGCCAGAGCCUGUCCCAGAACCUAACCCAGAACCAGAGCCUAUGGAGGCAGCCCCAGAGCCCACCUCAGAGCCAGUGCCACCCCCAGCUGAGGCUCUGGAGCAGGAGAUAGCCCAGCUGAACCAGGAGGAGUCUCUCCCUGAGCCAGAUCUUUCUUCAGCCCCUUUGGUAGACCUGGGUGUCCCUGAGCUCACUUCCCUGGCCAUCGACACUGCUCCCUCCCCGGCCAAUCCAGAUGAGUCGUCAGAUGUCCCAGGGGUCGGAGAAUGCCAAGACGGUGUUGAAGCUGCUGUGAAUUCCAUGUCUGUCCCGGAAGAAUCUGUAGAAACCGUAGAAUCUCUGGAAAAGCUGGUGGAGCCCGAGGGUGUGGGUGCGGGUGCAGGGAAUUUGGAGCAGCUUGUGUGUGAUGUCAACAGCGAGGAAAGCGUCAGUGGACUCUUAAAGCACUUGGACCUGACAGGAAAUGACCUCGCCAGUGACCUCAUUCCCAACGCUGUCAAGAUCCCCGAUGACAUUCCCAUAACAGACAUGAGCGCUUCCACUGAGCUGAUGUGAAAACACGGAGGAGGCAAAGAAACAACACGGAAGAGUUUAAAUGGACACGAUGGAUCGAUCUGUUAAAGCCUCUUAACCCUUUACUACAUGAUUUCUGAAAUAAUCACGGACAGGUUUUUCUCACCUUAAGUGGCCUAAUAAAGGGAUACAGCUCUGAUUUUUUUUUUUUUCAAAUAUAUUUCUAAAUGGUUACUGAAUGGCAAAAUUUCUUUUUUUGUUAAAACUGCAAACAUUUUUUUUUUCUUGGUGGAGUAGGUUGAAAUCAGCUUUAAUUCAAUUUCAGUGUAAUGUCUACAGAAGCUUUCAAAUGGUGUAAUGGGAGACUCGGUUUAUGGUCUUAGUACAAAUUUGGAAAAAAAAAAAAAAAAAAGACUGUUACGCAAUUGGAAACAAAAUCUGAAGAUCAGAGAA